AAGAGAGUAUUAAAACAGGACAAACUCGACACUAGGACUUGUCUACGAUGUCAAGACCAACAUCUCAAUGUACUGUUCGGGGGGAUUCCCCUGCAGUAAUUGUGAGACUCUUUGGCGACGCAUUGAAAGGCGUAUCACCAAUAGAACUAUUUUAUGGACACUGCUUUGAUUCGGAUUUGACGUGAUUGCAUGAGAUCUUUUCAUUGCCUACUAACCCCCCCCCGCAUGGCAGUAUCAAAGGAAAGGAUGCUGGAAAAGGAAUACCCAUAUGGCCUCCAACUUCCAAAAUACGAAGACCUGGUCCCACCAAGAAACGUAUUCAGCGUGGAUUCAUUCCCCCAGGGAAUAUCUGAUUAUGCCCUCAACGCGGAAAAAGAUCUUUCAUUGGGACGCAACUAUUUCAAUUUCGUAUUACACAAGAUGAACACGAUUAAGAAGAACCCCAAAAGGCUAGAUCACUAUACGUUACGCUGGUUGGUGAUGCAUGCUUAUGCGGCGGAUAUUAUUAAGGAUUUGCCGAUAUUCUCCGGUCUUAGGUUUGUAUAUGUCCCUCCCGACAAAGAACAUAGGCAAGACUACGAAGAGGAUGAGCUAUGUGGGAAGUGGGUUAAGUUAACGGAUAAGGGCCAGGAGGAUAUUGUGCACGCAUUAACACAUUUUGCGGAAUAUACGAAGUACAUUGUUCGAAAACUAGGGAUCGACCCCCAAUCGUAUUUGUCUUCACAGCCUCUUAACAGACAGAUAUUUCGACGCUGGUUACAAUCCAUACCGGAGGGGUUCUGGUUCUGAGUUCGUCGAGAGAUCCCAGGGUGCGCAACAGAGGGAAUAGGUACAUGUAGGCAUAUGGUCUCAUAUGUCGUGAGGCUUUGGUCGGCGGCUUGAUGCUUAGUAUUUUCAAUUCAACUCCUACGAUAAAUUGAAGAUCGCUUAUAUAUUUGCUCAAGAGUUCUGCUUCUGGUAGAAUUAUUUGAUUGAUAUUGUAUAAGCGCAUGCUUACCUCGAUAUGCAUGUCUACUUCAGUUUUGAGUGCAGUUUAGUUAGAGCACUAACUGGU